AUGAAGUCUGCCCUUUUUGCCGCAGUUCUCUCUCUUUCAGGAGUCGCUGCGCAGCUCACAGGCCCUGUUGGCCCCACAACAGACCUCAGUAAGAAGACAAUUGAAUGCAACAUCCUGAACUACGGAGGUGUUAGCGACAAUUCUACGGAUGUGGCAGAUGCGAUUGAGAAUGCCUUCAAAAGCUGUGUCCUCGUUCACGCUGGCAGCCGUCUCGUUGUCCCAGAGGGCAACUAUCUUAUCAAGCGAACAGCUAUCCUGUCCAAUGGUACCAAUUGGGCUUUCCAGCUCGACGGAUUGAUCACACUCGCUUAUGGCGGCAAUUGGACUGUUGAUCGUGAGUUGAUUCUACAGGGGUUCGCAGGGGUUGAGCAGCUGAACGCGACAAUCAACGGCGAAGGUGACGGCCUUUUCUUGCAGAAUGGAAUCACCAUUAUCAACGCCGUCGAUUUUGAGUUUUACUCUCAAAACGGAAAAGGUGCAAUCCAGGGUCAAGGGUACCUGUACAGGAACUUGGGGAACACAUUCCGGCCUCGACUCGUCCGCUUGAUUUCUCCUAUCAACACAUCAGUCCACGAUCUUAUACUCGUGGACAGUCCCAAAUUUCACAUUGUCUUUGACUUCGCUGUCAACCUUGAAGCCUAUCACUUAACAAUUCGAGGAGCGAACCUUGGUUCCUACGACGGAGUGGAUGUUGUGGGAACGAACUACUGGAUCCACGAUAUCGAGGUCACCAACAGAGACGAAUGUGUGUCGGUAAAAAGCCCUUCGAAUCAUGCCCUUGUCGAAAAUCUCGUAUGCAACCAAGCCGGAUCUGGAAUUUCAAUCGGGAGUCUGAAUGUGUCGGCAUCUAUCGCCAAUAUUCAUGCUCGCAACAUAAGCAUCAUCCAAGGCAACAACAUUGCUUUUAUCAAGACUUAUCCUGGAGGGUCGGGUUAUGUUACGAACAUUACCUUUGAGAACUUCCGUUCCAAGGCAUCCUUGUACGGACUGGACAUCAACCAGUACUGGCAAAACACCUUUGAGCCGGACACUGGGGCGGUUGCGCUCAGCAACUUGGUUUUCAAGAACUUUUCUGGAUCUGUUGCUGAUGGCGCCAAACGCCCUCCCCUGUACUUGAUCGCCAACGACUUAACGUACGCCACAAACGUGACUGUCGAAGGGUUCAACCUCUGGACGGAGUCUGGCACAUACGUUGUGAACAAGAUCAGUAACAUCUUUGGCAACGGUGACAACUCGUAUGGUGCCGGAGAUGGCAUAAAGUCACUCACAUCGAAACAGUCCCCAACGGCGUAUACCAGCACCUACACCAUCUCGACGACGCCGACUGGUUGGGCAGUUCCUCCGUCGCCAACGUGGGUAGCAGCAAAUACGGGAUAUGGGACUGAUGUACCGAUCCCCGUGUACACCCCGGCUCCUCUUUGGAAGCCUGAGGGAGAUUAUGGCAAGCAUUAUUGGGGAUCAUUCUGA